UCUUCAACAACAUUUAACAUGAAUAUAAUAACAAGAAAUUGUAUAAAAAAACCAGUUUACACUUACGAAAAAGUGCAGUGUGUCGCCAUUUUAUUUAUUUUGAUACCUGGUUAUUUCAUAUUUGAAAUGGUGAUAGUGAAACCAACGCUCGUAAAAAUGUUCGAGAUGGCAGUCGUAAAGCAUUCAAUACAUGUUAUAUUGUCAAUAUUCUGUUACAUAAAUGUAAGUGGCAACAUGUUAAUGGCUAUUGCAACUGAUGCCAGUUCAAAAAACAACGUCAAAGAUGGUAUCUACUGCAAAUUUUGUAACAGAAACCGCUCGCAGCGAAGCUGGCACUGCAGAACUUGUAAUGUUUGCAUUCUGGGCAGAGAUCACCACUGUUUUUUCUUUUCCACUUGCAUCGGUCUCUACAACCGGCGUUAUUACAUCCUUUUCCUAUUUUACAUUAUAAUUUCAAUGUUAUAUUCCUCAUAUUACAACUAUUACUAUGUGUCAUCUAAACUUGAGGAGCAUGGCUUUAUGAUAUCUGUCUUCAGAAUUAUCAAUCCUUUAUUGCGAUUUAUAACUCCAGAACCGAUGAGCGUAGUAGAUCUAUAUGUAUUGUUUUUCUUAUUAAAUAUAUUGCUUCUUGUUUGGAUUACGGUAUUAUUCUGUUUUCAUAUGAGGAAUGUAACUAGAGGUGUAACUACUCAUGAGUCGAAGAAUAUUAGUACCAAGAGAAGCAUUGGAUGGAAGAAUAAUUUGCUAAGUGUAUUUGGUAGACGCUGGUAUUUCGCAAUACUCUGGCCUUUUAUUGAAAGUCCAUUAUCAGACUUUAUUCGUGAAGAAACUGAUUGAUCCUUUAUAAUUGUAUAA